GCCCUAAAACCCUGUUUCUCUUUCCUAAGCUACUUGCCAAAUCUCUCUCUCUCUCCUCUUCAAUGAGUGCUUUCUGAGAUUGGGCCAGACACAUAGGGAGUCUGCUUCCCCCUUUUUUCAGGAAGGAAGGAGAAUGAAACCCAUCUGCCAACCUUUCAUUUCACAGUUUUUCCAGGAGAGAAGGUUUUCAUCAAAAGCCAAUCCAACAUCAUGCAGCUAAGAAGCUAGCUUUUUCCGAGUUCUCGAGGAUUUGUUCAAGCUGAUAUUGGUCCUCCUCACAGCCACCAAACUCCAAAAAAGGAGAGACAAACCCUAGCUUUUGUUCUUGCUCUUCCAUUAACUUUCACAGGGGUACUGUAAUACCCAAUCUCUCUCUGUCUCUCUCUGACUCUGUGAAUUACUGAGAUCUCCCUGAACUGAUCAUCGAGUAGCUUAUGUUCGGGUUCUCACUUUCUUAGGUGUGUUCUUUAGAGACUUCCUUGUCUUGACCAUUAGGCGAGUAACUUCAAGAAGGAGCAUGAUGAAUUCGCUUCCAGAACUUGUUCCCAUCACAGCCCUCAAUCCCACCAGCACCAACUCCAUAACCACCGUUGCCUUGUCAUCCUCCUCUUCCUCCACUUCCCCCUCGGCCACAACCGUGCCGGCGGCCGCGGCGACGUCGAGCCGAUAUGAGAACCAGAAGCGCCGGGACUGGAACACCUUCGGGCAGUACCUCCGCAACCACCGGCCGCCGCUCUCGCUCUCCAGGUGCAGCGGCGCCCACGUCCUCGAAUUCCUCCGGUACCUCGACCAGUUCGGCAAGACCAAGGUCCACACCCAGCUCUGCCCCUUCUUCGGCCACCCGAGCCCGCCCGCCCCCUGCCCGUGCCCGCUCCGCCAGGCGUGGGGCAGCCUCGACGCCCUCGUCGGCCGCCUCCGCGCGGCCUUCGAGGAGAACGGCGGGAAGCCCGAGGCCAACCCCUUCGGCGCGCGGGCCGUGAGGCUGUACCUCCGCGAGGUCCGGGACUCUCAGGCCAAGGCCAGGGGGAUCAGCUACGAGAAGAAGAAGAGGAAGAAGCCGCCCCAACCCUCCAUGAUCGCCGCAGCCGAUCGGGUCGAAAAUCAGUAAGGGAAAAAUGUAACUCUUAGCAUGUGGCAUGUUCAAUAAUCCGACGCCCCCUCUAGUUCAAUUCAAAAAGUUUGAACUUUUAGACAUACGACAGCAUGAUAUAUCGAAGUUAUUAAGCCUCUAUAUGUAUAUGUGUCGUGUCUGCAUAGUGCAUCAUAUGGUGAAAGACCUAGUUCUAUAAAAGAAAAAAAAUCACCAUUAAGAUAGCAAAUGCUUGCUCCUUACAUGGUUUUUUCCAUUAUUGGAUGCUAAAGAAGAAGAGAGAGACUGUGUUCUACUUUUAAGAAGUGGGGUUCAGAUUAUGCCAGUGUAUGUGUCAAAUCUGUAGUGACUCUCCAAAGUGUCGCAUAAAAACUUCCUGUACUUGGUGAAACCCAUGAAGAUUGACGAAUGAGGGGCAGAAAUGGAUUUGCAAGAUCUUUGUUUGGUUGGGUUUUCUUCCCCCCAUUUCA